AUGUUAAACUGUGACUGUAGUGAUGAUGAUCUUGAUAGAUUACUUGAAAUUGACGAAGAAGUGAAAUAUGAAAAUCACCAAUCGAGUAACGCAAACAGCUGUUUCCAAAAUCCUAGCCAUAAGAGAACGCUAUCACCAGAGUUAAAACAAUGUAGUUCACCAAAAAUAUUAAAGACGUUAGUUGCUGAUCACGAGAAAGAAAAGCUCCAAGACAUUAUUCAGCCACAUACAUCUAUAUCAAAAAGUGCUGGUCUAUUGAAAAGGAUACCAUUGGUCGGAGAUUAUGUUUCGGUGACAUUUAAUAAUGGUGAAAGAUUUUAUCUAAGUUUCAAUGAAUCUGAUGAUGAUUUCCCUGACAAAUCGAAUAAAUCUUUUUGUAGCUAUGAAUCAUCAGGUUUAGUGUUUGAGGCUAAGGAACUGCUGAAAAAUGCCAGGUCUAACAUAAUUAGUGCACAGAUCGAAGAAAAACACAGUAAAUCUGGUUUCGCACAAUUAUGGACUACAAAAUAUUCACCAUCUACUUAUUUAGAUUUGAUAUCAGAUGAGACUACUAAUCGAACUUUGCUCAGGUGGUUGAAAGCCUGGGAUCCAUAUGUAUUUGGUACUUCAGUACCUAAGGCCCAAGUUAAAUCAACCACAAAUCCAGGACUGGCAUCAUACAAAUCAAGCGAUCUUGAAGCUGUCGCUAGUGAGAUUAAUCCUCGUGAUGGACUGCCUCGAUAUAGACUAGUAUUGAUUUCUGGACCUCCAGGUUUGGGGAAAACAACUCUUGCUCAUUUGUUGGCAGCGCAUGUUGGAUAUCAAGUAGUUGAAAUAAAUGCAAGCGAUGAUCGUAGUUUAGGUGUACUACGUGAUCGCCUAACAGCAGUUGUUUCUAGUUCGACCAGUUUGAAUACAUCAAAAAAUACAGAUUUUCGUAAUCAUGAAACAUGCCUUAAGCCGUGUUGCUUAAUUAUGGAUGAAAUAGAUGGAGCCAUGCCUGCAGUGGUUGAAAUGUUAGCGAAUGCUGCAAAAAAUACUUUGCUAUCUAAUACUGAACGACAACAGCGAAAUAGGCGAGCAAAUCCUCCAUUAGUUUUACGUCGUCCUGUCAUUUGUAUUUGUAAUGAUCUAUAUUCUCCAUCGAUUCGGGCAUUACGAGCUCCUGGAAUACCUUGCCUAACUAUACGUAUACCCAGUGUUGACUUAGGCCGUUUGGUUUCUAGACUUGAUUUAAUAACUAGGACAGAAGGAUUAUCUGUCGACAAAAUAACCCUUACACAUUUAGCAGAAAUGUCUGACCGAGAUAUUCGUUCGUGUUUAAAUACGUUGCAAUUCUUAAAUUCAGUGAAAUCUCUAGAUAAUAACAAUAAUAAUAUAAGCCAUAAAUUAGAUUGUUUAUCCGAAAAUGAUAUUUUAUCAUUGUCCCAAUUUCAUAAUGGUAAUCUUAAAGAUGUUCAGAAAAGUGUAUUCGAUGUAUGGAAAGCUGUAUUCACCAUUCCUUCAGCUCGUUUACUUUCAAAAAGAAAAAAUGGUCAAAAUGUUGAUACUCAAUCUGCUAGACUGGCCUAUAUAAUGAAUGUUACAGAAGCUUCUGCUGAUCAUCAACAAAUCACACUGGGUAUCUUUGAGAAUUAUCUUUAUGGUCGUUUGAAAGAUUCAACAUUACGAGUAGCUUGUCAAGCAUCUGAAUGGUUUGUAUUUGACGAUUUGCUUAACACUUGUGUACAAACUAAAUCGAAUUAUUCACUUCUACGCUAUGCUAAUUUCUUGCCUUGCUGGUUUCAUAUGGCUUUAGCUACACCAUCAGGCAUUUUCAACACCUUUACUACUGCAAACAGCACAUCAACUGGAAAUGUCAAAUCUGUAGGGGGUUUACGUUGGCCUUCUGCUCCUUCAGAAGCUGCGGCCACUCGUUCACGUUAUUUGGCAAUAUUGGAUCAGCUAUAUUUAAACCAAUGGAAUCUACCUCGAUGUAAAUCGGAUGACUCUGUCAGUAAUUUUAACAGCUUUAGAUUUCUACCACGUCGUCAUUUUUUAUUAGAUAUGGCAUCUAUUUUAAUUACUCUGUUAACUUUGAUCGCUUCCACUCUUCGACCAUUAAGUGCACAAUUGUAUAGUCAACAUGAGAAAUUAGCACUUAACAAAUUAGUUAAUUUAAUGUUAAAUCUUGGCUUAAAUUGGUUAGCAGAACAGGAUUCUGAAAGUAAUGAAGUUCAAUAUCAACUUGAUCCGUCCUUAGAUCUCAUUGUUUGUUUCACAAAGUCAAGUAGUUUAAAGUCGCUUGGAUAUGCUACUAAACAGUUUAUUGCACGUGAAUUAGAAAUUGAAAGAGUUCGACGUUCUGAAUCAAUGAUUAAUCGGAAUUUUAAUAAACCAGAUGUUUGUAAUACUUUCACUAAAUCGAAUUCCAAACUAUCAGAAGAAAAUUUAAUGGAUACCUUGUCACAAAAAUCAAAACUUAUUGGUACAAAAAGUUCAAAGAUGAAAAAAGAUUUCUUUGGACGUAUUAUUAAUGAUAAAAUGAAUGUUUCUGGUGAUGUGAAUACAACUGAAGAUUGUGGUGAUCAGAAAGAAUCCAUUAUCGAUCGAGAUAUUUACUAUCGUUUUAAAGAGGGUUACUCGAAUGCAGUUCGGCGACCUGUUACUAUGAAAGAAUUCUUGUAA